AUGAUCGAGACCAAUCUCGAACCAGGUGAUCUUGCACUAUGGGACUCGAGGACCAUGCACUACGCCGAAUGCCCUGAAGGUGAUCGUAUCCGACAUGUUCAGUACGUUUGCAUGACGCCGGCCAAGUUCGCGAAGGAAGCGCUGGAGCAGAAGGCGGCGUUGUUUAAGAGGUGGCAUGGUACUACUCAUUGGCCUCAUACGAACAUUCACGAACAAGGACCACCGCUGAGGAAUGGAGUGGAGGAUCCGCUGAAUCGCUAUGAGCCGCUUGAGAAGCCGGAGAUCUCGAAGAGAUUGCUUCAGCUUGCAGCUGUGGAGGCAUACUGA